ACCAAACCAAGUCAACAAAAUUGGCUACCAAAUCAUUUGAAUGAGAUGGACACCAUAUCAAUAGGAAACUGUCUCCUUUUUCUCUUGCUCCUCCAGUUCCUUUAGAGGGAGGGAUAGCCGCGAGAAAUCUCUUGAUGAAUUCUCUGCAGCAUUCUUUCCCAUCACAUAUUAUUUCUUCCUUAGCCUUAGUAUCAUUUUUCUGUGUCUUCUCCUCCGCGUUAACCUUCUCAUAGAUCGUACUGUUGUCGUCAAACUUUAAAAUGUAUGCUUUAUUGCAACCCUCAAAUAGCCUUUCUCCCAAUGUAUCAAUAACGUAAUACGCGUUAGCUUCCACCUUCAACACGAAGAAAUGAUCGUUCCAACUUUUAAUAUAUACUCUAGGUUCAAGUGCCGUGUCUUCUGCAAUGCUGCUAAUCUUGUCCCAUAUUUGAUCGAAUGACAUUACCCUUUGCAAUGAUUCAAACUUCUCGGGGCUGAAGAAUCCAACGAAGGAUUGAUCGUGCGAUAUGGCUAUAGGUCGUGCGAUAUGGCUAUAGCACUGCCAACUUAAAAUCUGGCCUUGACUAAAAAGCGCACAAUUAUGUACCAAAGAUUCCAUUUUAUCAACUCAAAUUGAUGACAUAACUGAAUUAACAUAUAUAUUUUAAAAGAUAAACAUUGGACAUUAUCAUAAAUAGCCUCACUAUACCAUUUAGUAUUAGCAGGAAAGAAAUAGUAACUCCAACACUCUGCUUGAAUUGAUCCAAGCACUAAUUCUUCAAGUUAAAAGUUGAACUCGAAUUAAAGGGCAGUUCGGUGUACUAAGUUCCCGCUAUGUGCUAAAUUUGGAGAUAGGCCGGAUCACAAGGGUCUAUUGUACGCAGCCUUACUCUGCCAAAGGCUAUUUCCACAGCUUGAACCGGUGACCUCCUGGUCACAUGACAGUAACUUUACCAGUUACGCCAAAGUUCCCCUUUAAACUCAAACUAACAGGCUAAAAAAAGAAGAAAACUUUAGCAAAUUUCAUGUAAUCCAAGAAAUCCAAACAGAGUCAUAAGUAGAAGAAAGGAAAAUAGAUAUCUGUUCAGGCUCAAAUCCUUUUACUUUCCUUUGAACUCUGGGAUCAGUGUCUGGCAAAUCAACAACAUGUCCUCUAAAACUUUGGUCCAAAGGAUUAGUCACGGGCUUAAAAGGUCCAUCAAGUGUGGUUGGAAUUUGACCCUCAUUGACCUCAACAAGGCUAACAAAAAUCAAACCAAGAAUGACACAACAACAACCCCAGAAUACUUCAUAUCUUAUUCAAGAAUUUGCAUGCCCCAAAAUAACAAACUCCAAACCUCAAGAAAUCAAAAGGGUCCACAACAAAUAUAUCAAAGAUUAAAACUUUAGCUCCAAAACCCCAAGAAAAUUAAAAAGGGGUCGUAUAAUUAUAGCAAACAAAUUUGCUUACCCCAAAAUAAUCAAUGGGAAGCUCAGAUUUUGCACUUUCUCAGUAAGAAGUAACUAACCACUUAUUUCACCAUAGCUUAGGAAUGUCAUAAUAUCAGCGACAUAACUGUUAGAAAGCUUACUUGACAUAUUAUCAUAUCAUUAUACAGAUUUUAGAAAGAACAAAGAAUAUCGUGUAAUUGGAUAUAUGCUGCAGUAUAUUUAUCUAGGACUGAUUGACAACGAUAUGAAAGUUGCAAGGUCUAAUGAUCAUAACUUGACUCUCCCCCUCCCUUUUAUGUUAUGUCGUUGAUGCUUUCAACAUUGACAUGACGAUUUUGGCCCAGGGUGUCCGAUAAGACUGCUAUAAAGUGCAACAGGAGGGAGGCAAUACUAAUUUUAACCUAAGCACAUAUGAGGGAGAAUUAAGUUCGAAUGCUGAUAAUGGAGGUGUCCUCUGGGAAUCUCUUUGGUGUUUUAGCUUGCAUUAUUAUUAUGGAGUAAUCUGUUGAAUGUUGCUUACCUUUAGGUGUCUUUGGGAAUCUCUUUGGUGUUUUAGCUUGCAUUAUUAUUAUUAGUAAGUACAAUAGUAUAAAAAAGGGUUGCUCUUUUUCCUCUUUUUUUCUUUCUUUUUUCUUGUGAUCUGUAGAAUCAAUACAAAAAUGUUUAUAGCAGCCAUUACACAUAAUUCUCCUAACUAGCUUUUAUAAGCAAAGUUGCAGCGUUCUUUAUCAUUCUCUUUAUCUUCUUAGAAACAUAUAUAAGGAUGUUUUAGUUUGCAAAUUCACUUUACUACAAUCAAGCGUGGCAUUUUAUUGCAGCUACUUUGAAAACACUUGUGUAUAGUACAAUCCUUUAUCUGGAUAGGUACUAAAAAUAUUACCUUUUCAUUCUGAAACUAUGUUAUUUCUAGACUAGAUUGCAAAUUGCGGUCUUAUAUUAUUUGUCCUUUAAUCACUUUUUUUGUUGUUCACAAAUUACUGAGUAUUUCUUGCAAACAAGUACUAUUCUUUCAGAGUUAGUCGAUAUCCUUGAUGAAGAAUGGAUCGGAAAGACAAUUAUAAAUGUUGAUGAUUUACUGGAAUUCAUCUUCUCCAGUAAAUCACAUAUAUUCUUUGACGUUGGAUAGACUCCAUAUGCUACUACCAACUUUUGUGGUACAAGAUUUUAAGCAGACUAUAGCCUUCAAUAGAGCAGACUAAAAUGAAGUAGUUCUUAUCCAAUUUAACCCCUAAUAAUUGAGGUACUUAAAAACUUUAUUGAUGGUAUUCAAGUAAGUUCAUCGAUUUAUGUGAUCAAUUAAUGUAGAAGCAUACUUUAAGUCCUUGUGAAUUAGUAGGAGUAUUUUUUUGGUCUAUCUUUAAUUUUCUUUUGGUUGUCAAGUAAUUUAUUAAAAGAAAGUGGCAAGCCUAAAUAAAUUAGCUGGUUUUUCGCCUAAUCAGGAAAUUAAACUUUUUGAGUUUAAUUCUUCUUCUUGCUGCUAAGUUUUUGACUCAUAUUGAGGAACAAAUCCUUUACCGAUCAACAAGAAGACAAAAUAUUUCAUGGUCAGACCCCUUUUUAACAAGUCGAUUGGUGGUCCUUGGCAACAAUAAUAUAGAGACAACAUGAUGAAAUUUUUAUAUUUAUUUUUUGUUUUAAUUAUUUUGAUUGUGAUUGAUAAAUUUAAUCUGCAAUAUAUAUGCAUUUUUAUUAUCUCUCUCCGCUUUUUUUUUUUUUUUUUGAAUCGAUCAGCGCAUCGCGCAGGAACGUAUACUAGUUUUCUAUUAAAAGGAGAAAAACGAUUUCUUCACUUAUAGUUUCCUAUGCUAAUCCAUUUGAAAUAGUUUCUAGAUUUUAAGAAGCGUUGGAUAAUGGAUAAUAAUUUCCGUAAAAUAUUUUUUGGAAAAGUAUUUUUCUUAAUACUAAGCACAGCUAAAGAUUCAAAUCUCAAUAGAAAAAAAUAAAAUAAAAAUAGUUGAUAUUUUUCUCAUGUGUCUAAACUUUGUCGAAUUAUUCGAUACCAGUACAACGUGGAAUUAACGAAAUGCAUUACAAGUCGUGUCCUCGUAAUUCUAAAAAUAGGAUAAUAUUGUACAGCUUUGCUGUCCUCAUUAUGUCCACUAUCAACAGAUAGUUGGCUAAGGCUAUGAUCUUUUUCAUAUCUUGAUCAACAAAAGUCGUGUCCGAGUUUAUAUUUUUGUCGGCCCUACAAGUUUAUCUUAUUUGAACUGAACUUUCUUUGUAACAAAUCGUAGCUAGUUCAUUUCAAUACCGAUUUACGAAAGAAAAAGGCAGGGAAAUUCUGAUCAAUAUGGAAGCCAAAGAUGUGCCAACAGCUAGUGAAAUGUUCCGAAUUCAGGCUCAUAUCUACAAGCAUACCUUCCAUUUUGCAAAUUCCAUGGUUCUUCGUUGUGCUAUUCAGUUAGGCAUACCGGAUAUAGUUCAUACUCAUAAGCAGCCAAUGACUCUCUCUCAGUUAGUUUCAGAGCUGAAACUUCCUUCUGCAAAAUCAAAUGGAAUUCAUCGACUGAUGCGCCUGUUGGUAUACUCUGGUUUUUUUGCUACUAAAAAGCUUGAUGAAAACUCAGAAACACAAGAAGGGUAUGUUCUUACUGCUUCUUCUAAGCUGCUUUUGAAGAGUGAAAUCCCAAAUUUGUCACCUUUUGCCAGAGUAAUGGUUGAUCCCAUUAUGGUGAAUCCAUGGCAAUCUUUUGGCGAUUGGUUUCUUGGAAAUGAAGCCACCCCAUUCGAAACAGCAUAUGGCACACCCUUGUGGAAAUAUUGUGACCAAAAUCCAGGAUUCAACAAAGCUAUCAAUGAAGCAAUGGCUAGUGAUUCCGAAAUGAUGAGUUUGGUAGUGAAGGACUGCAAACAAGUUUUUGAAGAGAUGGAUUCCUUGGUUGAUGUUGGAGGUGGCACUGGUGUUAUCGCUAAGACUAUUUUGGGUGCAUUUCCUCAUCUAAAAUGCACAGUUUUAGACCUCCCUCAUGUUGUUGCUAACAUUCCAGAUACAGAAAAUUUGAAAUAUGUGGGAGGUGACAUGUUUCAGUCCAUUCCCCCUGCUGAUGCCUUUUUGUUUAAGCUUGUCAUGCAUGAUUGGAGUGAUGAGGAUUGUGUGAAGAUGCUAAAGAGAUGCAGAGAAGCUAUGAGGGACAAAAAUGAAGGAAGAAAACGUAAGGUCAUUAUCAUUGACAUAGUGGUGAAUGGAGAUGAAGAAGAAGCAGACAUGACUGAACUGAAGCUCAUUUUUGAUGUAUUGAUGAUGGUAUACCUCCCUGGAAGAGAGAGAACUGAGAAAGAAUGGGAAAAGUUAUUCCUUGAGGCUGGAUUCAUGAGUAACGACCCGACCGGUUGUUUCAUGAGUUACUGUCCCGCUGUCACGCCCCAAAACCGAGGGGCGCGACCAGCGCUCGACCGGGUAGCCCCAAUCAAGCGGACCUGGGUGCCUUUCCUAUCCCACGUGUUACCCCGCAUUUUCCUUUAUUCGUCAACCAAGUGAAAUAGCCAUUUGUAAAUUUGAACUCAUUCUUACGAGAUUUACAUAACAUACAUAGUUA